CAGUCGUUGGUUCCGAUCGAUAAACAGGAAGAGUCAGAUCACUGUAGUUCGGCACUUUUCCGUAAAAUAAAGACGACAAAAAAAAUAAAACAGCGAUAAGCAACAAAAAAAGUAGAAAAAUACAGAAUGGACGAGAGUCAACACGGGAAUGAGGCGUUCAGCUCUGAAGAUGCUGAAAACAUCAUCAAAGAGUGUAUCGACAGCGUGAUCAGCGGGCAGGACUACAGCCAGGCUCACGUGAACAAGUGGACGGCGAGCGUCGUGGAGCUGUGUCUCACUCAGCUCGUCAAACAGGAGAAGUCCUACAAAUACAUGGCCACGUGCACCGUAAUGCAGAAAUGCGGCGCCGGCCUCCACACUGCCAGCUCGUGUUACUGGGACAUCACCUCGGACGGGAGUUGCACAGUGAGAUGGGAAAACCGUACCAUGUACUGUGUGGUUAGCGUGUUCGCUGUGGCCAUUGUAUGAUGAACUCAUUUUGUUUUCAUGGUAACAGACUCAUCACUUAUAAAUUAAACUCUGUUCAUCAACAUUGUCGCCACACAAGCUGCACUGUGUGUGUGCGAGCAGCAGGGGGCAGCAGAGCCGCCAGGUUUGACCUUUGAACCCGACCGUUUCGUCCUCCUAUCAUCAUGUGUUCAUCUUCAAAGUUCUGAUUCUGUCGUCACCUCAAUCAGGACGUCUGUAAUCUGCACAGAAACAAAACGUCUUUUUAUUUGUCAUUUCAGAAUCUGAUGAUCAAAUUCAUUAACCUCAAAGUUAAACAAGUAAAACAGAAAUUAUUUCAAAAAAUCUUUAGCUUCAGGAGUUUUCUUAAUGUGACACGUUUUUAAUUAUCUUUCAAAAUGAUCUGAGGACUUAAAUUCCAAACUGAGUUCUGAUUCUGAGUUCAGUGGGACCCAAAAUGUUUAAAACCACUUUUAUUUAGAUAUAUUUUUGGUUUUGGGGGGGGGGGGGGGGGGGUCGUGAGUUUAACUGGUUGGAACCAUGUUUGCAUACAAAUAUUAAGCAUUUAAAUGUUUAUUUUCACGCCUCAAAUUUUCCUCAAACUGUUUGAU